AUGGCCUCGGGUUUCGGUUAUACUGGCGGUCGAACAAGGUGUUUCCCACUUUGGCAAGAAUUCUCAAAGUGUUACGCAGGAGCAGAGAAACCAGCAGAUUGCGUGGCGCAGAAAGAUGAUUAUAUGGAAUGUUUACAUCAUACCAAAGAGAUCGCUCGAGCUAAAGAGAUCAAAUCCCAUUUCGUGCAAACUCAAAUUUCCGAAUCUUCAGAUGCUAGAAAAGCAGCUGAAAAAGCAGCUACGGGAGUCAUAGUAUCGUUAGGUCUGGUCAAAGAGGAAGAAGGUCAAUAG